AUGGGAUUGAUGAUGAGCGGGCAAAAGCCUCUGGGCUCAACUACAACCAUUGAUGUUAGACUUGUCUCUUGGGAACCUCCCGACAUGAAGGCAGUCCUAAUACAAAUGGGGCAUCACAAGGGAACCCCGGCAUCUCAGGUGUGGGCGGUCUCCCUCUCAGGGAAUGGAAGGCGACAGAGGGUCAAUGUAAUUGAGAGGGUAGUGAACGGGGAUUUCUUCCUUAAGUUAAGGGAAAAGGUCUAUCAGCAGUUCCAGAAAUUGCACUUUCUUUCGAUGUUGGUCCAGGCUUUCCGUAAGCUAUAUACCCCUCCGAACCUCUUUUGGAGCCCAGUUGAAAGGGAAAGGGACCUUGCUAUGGGACAACCCGUGGUUAGUGGUCUUCCUAUUAUGGUGGUGACUACCUUCGUUGCGCCCGAUCGGAACACCUUCUUUGCAGUUCUUAUUAGAAGUGGGCUUUGCUUGGCGGUAUGCCAGUUGGGCCCUAAGUCCCACGAAAGCAAAGAGGCGGAAAACCAAACCAGGUACACGUUAUCAUCAAAGGAUUCACCCUAA